AUGCGACGGCUGCCGUACGAUAUCUUCCGCGAAAUCGCUCUCUACAGCCUCCCCGAGCAUCCAUUUCCGACAAGAAACCAAGCACCUUUCUCCCUAUGUCAAGUAUCUGCAGCAUGGCGAGCCGCUGGUCUAUCAACGCCGGCGCUUUGGAGCACGCUGUUCCUCAAUAUCAGGGACCUCCAUGCCCUCAAAGUCUACGAAAAACGCGUUCUUAAGUGGUUCGGACAUGCUAAAGCGUGUUCAAUCUCGUUCUACAUAUAUUUUACCCCCGACGACACGAUAUUAGACGUGACCAACUCGAUUCCGUCCAUGCUAGAGCGGUGGGCGCCGCUCAUGCCUCAAGUCAAGCAUUUAGGGAUCGGCUCACGCCGGGUAACAGCUGUUCUGCACCAUUUCGCCAACGUGGCUUGGGACUUGCGCGCCCUAGAAACCCUCGAGCUCUUCAACCAAAGGCCGUGCAGCUCCAAAGAUUAUGCAAGCGGUGAACGUCUCAUUCCCCAUAUCCCAAUGUUAUCCAAAGGGACACCCAACUUGCGCUCCGUGAUGAUCCAGAAUGAUUUCAUCAUGCUCAGAGGCGCAGAAAGCUUCGUGCCGUGGGCUCAACUCACCCAUCUCUUCCUGACCGAGAUUCUCCUUAUCGAAGACUGGCUUUCAGUCAUGACACUCUGCACGCAGAUGGAAGAGGGCGAAUUCCUCGUCGACGAGGACAUUCCUUUCCCGCUGGGGCUACCACGUAGCACUCACACGUAUCUCGAGUGUCUGAAGUUGCGUCUAGCCUAUAGCUACGGUAUGGACUUCUCUAUUCUUGAUGUGCUCAAGCUCGUUGACCUUCCGCGGCUGCGCGUCCUCGCGCUUGGUCACGAAGAUCACGCAGCGAACGACGACCCCGCCACCGUCAAGCAUCGACUGUUUGCGGCACAUCGAGACCCUGAUGAUCGACCACGGGUGAUACUCGCACCCGGAUUGGAGGGUGUCUGCGCACAGGAGGAUGUCAUCAUCAAGGCCUUGAGCGAAGGUCUCGCGCCCCGUCUCAGGACGCUACGUAUCUUUGCCCAUCGCCCGUUAGACGACCCCAGCGAGGCCGUCAACGUCCAGCUUCUGCUCGAGAUGCUCAAGACACGAUGUGGACCCGACGGCCUUCAAGAUGUCGAUAUCAUCGCUGAUUGUUGGCCUGAUGCGCCGCGGAGCAGGAUAGGAGAGCUCAAGGCAGGAGUGGAAUCGCUCGUGUCGACGGCUUCUGGGUUCUCCGUUCGACUGAGUCUGGCCUCAGACGACUCAUGGGAUUGGGUUGUCCUAGUUCGUGUUUUGGCUCAUAUGCUAUUCAAGGGUGUUGGAAUCGGGCAAUCCGGCAUUAUCCCGGAUCUUUGA